UUUGCCAGCUUGGUGUUGAAGAUGCUGUAAAAACACUGUGCAGAAACCUGUUGUCUGUAUCUUUCCAGACAGAGAAUUUAACCCAAAGUUGGGCAAAUAUAUCUUAGAGGAGGGUUAAGCCAGGAGCAAACACAAUGACUACUCCAUCAGAGAUAGCUGCUGCAAAGAAUGCACUCAUCCAGUCUACGGCGGGUGCCAUCCCCUUCAUGAAUGAGAAGGGUGAGAUGAGCAUGCAGAAAGUCAAAGUCAAAAGAUAUGUCACGGGAAAAAGGCCAGACUAUGCGCCCGACAGUAGCGAUGAGGAAGACAAUGAGGUUGAGGUUGCCUUCGUGCGUAAAUCCAAACCUCCCACAGUCACAGCAUCAGUAGAUGAAGAGGCAGAUUCCAGACUAAGGCGGCUUCGUGAGCGCGAGCAAGAAAUCGAAGGUGAUGUUGUCGAAAGAAUCGCAAGACACCGUCGCGUUGAUGGUCCCGAGGUCCUCGACGAUGGCGAGAUGGAACCGGAGGAAGAGAUGGACGAGGACAGCGAGGAGGACUAUCCAUCUCGUCGUCAUCGUCACGUCAUCCACCGCAUGGAGGCCGAGGAGAGUAGCUCAGACGAGGAGGAGGAACUCGACGAAGACGAGAUCGAGAGACGACGAGCGAUGAUGCGUGACCGGGCGAAGGUGAGGGUGGUUAGAGAGGACGAGGAGCUGCUAGGGGUCGAGGAGGACGAUAAGUCUGAUAAGGAAGCGGCGGAUGAGGAUGACGAGGAAGCCUCGUCGGAGUAUGAGGAGUAUACGGAUUCGGAGGAGGAGUCUGGACCGCGGUUAAAACCGGUCUUUGUUGCAAGGAAAGACAGAGUGACUGUCCAGGAGAAGGAAUUAGCAGCACAGAAGGAGAAAGAAAUUGAGGAAAUGAAUAAAGUCAAGAUUGAAGAAAGACGGAAAGAAACACUCAGAUUGGUUGAGAGGACAAACAAGCAGGAGCUAGAGUUGCAGGUGGAAUCGUCGGUUAAGGAACUCAACCUCAAUGUUGUCAACACUGACGAUGAAAAUGACGAAGAGGAGUACGAGGCUUGGCAGGUUAGAGAACUCAAGAGGAUAAAACGAGACAGAGAACUACGGGAACAAAUCCAGAAAGAUUUAGCCGAAGCAGAACGACUACGUAACAUGACAGAGGAAGAGAGACGCAACGAGCUGCGGGUCAAUCCACGCAUAGUCACCAACAAAGCGACCAAAGGUCGAUACAAGUUCCUACAGCGAUACUACCAUCGCGGAGCUUUCUUUAUGGACGAAGAUGCCGACGUCUUCCAGCGAGAUGUUGCCAAACCAACUCUGGAAGAUCACUUUGACAAAACUGUCUUGCCCAAAGUUAUGCAGGUCAAGAACUUUGGUCGAUCAGGCCGGACGAAAUACACCCAUCUCGUUGAUCAGGACACAACGGAGGUUGACGCACCCUGGAUGCAAGACACGGCAAUCACUCGCAAAUUCCAGACCAACGCUGCAGGAGGAAUGAAACAGACUUUUGAAAAACCUACAAAAGGACGAAAUGCCACUACAUAGUGUCGUCUUAGUUAAAGAAUAAUUUUGAAAGUAAGGGAGCGUCUCAAAAGAGUGCAUCGUAGCCGAGCCCAAGCUUUGGUGUUGUCAGCAGCAGAGUGUGGGUUUCGAAUCCCGGUUAUGACACUUGUUCCCUUGAGCAA